AUAGACCAGUGGUGAAACUACCGGCGUUCAAUGCUUUGGAGUAGGGAAACCUGUUCUCUGUGCUGAACUUCUGUCGGGAGCCUGCAUUACAACUGUCGUGUUCUCAUGACUGACGUCCUUGAGCCAUUCCGAAACGGAGCAUCGGAGUCUAACAUUCUCUUGAAAUGGCGGCUGCGUAGGGUUCGGAGUUCUAUCAUAGUUCGCUUGGGGAACCGUGGCCGUUGCAUCGCUUUUCUUUUCAUUUGCAGCUUCUUUUACCAUCCGGUUCUUGCUCUCGUAACGCAAAGUCUUUUGCUCUACCCGCCUCGCUCGUUCAUGCUCGGCAACCAUAACUCUGGCCUAGUCAGCCGCAGAUUUCUUCUUGCCGUUUAUCAUGCUCAGAAAAUAUCCCGCAUUCGUGACGAGUAAGACAAGGGUUGCAAAAUGAGGCUCAUCAGCUGGCA